GUGGGCGUGAGGAAAACUUUCACAAAAAAGUAUAACUUAAAUGGCCCACAGAGACGGCUGCAGCUACAGAUGAUAAUACGAUAAGCAGUUCGUGAUGGAAAUGUGGAGAAACGGGGACCAGGGACCAUAAAUCCAAAAGAACCCUCUGCUAUCAAUAUUUUCUGCUUUACAUACGGAAAAUCGAUUUAGGGGUUCAAUUCAUGAAUAUUUAUAAAUCAGUUGUAUUCCUCGGCAUACGAGUGCCAGUAUGUGGUCUAAAAAUUCAAGAAACUUAACCCGCCACCUUGCCCAAAACAGGGUGUUUGGGCUGAUAAAAAGGAACCUCAAAAGCAAAUUCAAUUAACCCUACAGACCGUAGAGAGCAUAAGCAAAUACACUCAACCAAUACAAAUACUCGGACCGAGGCAGUCGGACAGACACGGCUCCUGCUCGUGCUCCUUCCACUCCUGGAAACUCCAUUCCGUUUUGGAAUCCGGGCAUUCGUUGGACCAAGGCACGCGCCAAACUACUGCAAAUCCGCCUCCCAGACACACAAGUGGACAUGGGACUGGGACUGAGACUGGGAGUGGUAAUGGGACUGGGGAGUAACUGGGAGCCUGGCCGACCGCAAGGACACAAAGUAACUAAUUAUAUCGCCUUAACCCCUUGCCAACAGCUUCCUGCUGUGUUUACUUAGCACUCCCUCCGCUCUGGCUCAGCUCAUCCCAACCCAUUUCACCCCGGAGCAUCCCAUCCAGCCUCCUCCCUUCGCACGUGGCUGGGAAAUCGACCCAAAAAAGUGAAAAAAAAAACUAAACGGCGGAGAGAAAAUUGAAUGCAAACCCGAUAUGUUUUUCACAUUUGAAUGGACAAUGGGCAGGAGAGGCGGCAGCAGCAGACAAAGCUGGGAAAGCUGGGAAAGCUGGAAAAGGGGAAACAAGAAACAAAUUUAAAUGAAAUGUGUCAAAUGCUGACACAUGCCGCGCCUCAAAACUGGAACUCUCUUUUUUACUCUUUUGGACGCCGCCCCAAAACAUCAAUUCCAUUGCCACUCAACACAACGUCAAACAAGCUACGGAAUUGGAAGUGGACCCGCCAUGGAGUCCUGGAUCCUGCCCAGACUUCCUUCAUCUGCAAUCUCUGGCUGGAUGGAUGGAUGGAUGGAUGGAUGCCAGCUAUUAUUUGGACAGCACUCGUGGCGCGUACACGAAAUGAACAUGGCCAACUACAACUACGCAGAGGCGAAGGCAAAGGCGGGCCUGAUUUAGAAGGAUUUGCACGUUGGCAAAUGGCACGAGCCAUUGAGCUAACGAUCGAAAUUGUAUCUCGCACGCAUCUUUCUGUGCGAGUAUCUGCAGAUAUAAGCAAGCACUGGAAGAAGUGGAGACGAGACAGAGUACAUACAUAAGGAUAUUUUCCGUGAAGACUUGGACAAAGCCUCAGCAGCACAUUUUGUCUUUAAGUUUUGCUUGUUAACAAGUCACAGAAUUUGUACUUGGGAAUUUUAAGAGCUCUCUCAGCAGGAAUUGUGAUAUGGAGGAAGGAAUAAGAAGGAUUGAGAUAGGGACUUUUGAGAUAAGGUAGU